UGCUUCGGCUGACUUGGACAUGUCAGCGGCUGGACCGGGAUAGGGCUUUCCUUUCCCGGGAGCCCGAAGGCCUUCUGGUGACCGCCACCAUUGUCACCUCGGAGCGUGGGUCCCAGACCCUGGGCCACUGUGGUGGAGGCGGAGUUUCCCGGUCCAUCCAGACGCUGUCUGGCGAGAUCGGAAGAUAUGAUCCCGCCCUGUACGUGAAUUACUUCGGUUAGUCAGAGUGAACAUUCAAUAAUGAGUGGUGCAGCUCUGGGACUCGAGAUUGUUUUUGUCUUUUUUCUGGCCUUAUUUCUACUUCAUCGAUAUGGAGACUUUAAGAAACAGCAUCGACUUGUCAUUGUUGGAACACUACUAGCUUGGUAUCUCUGCUUUCUUAUUGUCUUCAUACUGCCGUUGGAUGUUAGUACGACGAUAUACAACCGCUGCAAACAUGCUGCUGCCAACUCAAGCCCUCCGGAGAGUAGCAACGGCUCCGGACUAGACGCAACUGCUACCCCAGCUCCAAGCCAUCACCCAUGUUUCAAGCCGUGGAGCUACAUUCCCGACGGGAUCAUGCCGAUUUUCUGGAGGGUAGUGUACUGGACAUCACAGUUUCUGACAUGGAUCCUGUUGCCUUUUAUGCAGUCCUACGCAAGAUCAGGGGGCUUUUCCAUCACUGGAAAGAUCAAAACUGCACUGAUAGAGAAUGCAAUCUACUAUGGCACCUAUUUGCUGAUUUUUGGAGCAUUUUUAAUUUAUGUAGCUGUAAACCCACAUUUGCACUUAGAAUGGAACCAGCUCCAGACCAUUGGGAUCGCUGCUGCGAACACCUGGGGCCUGUUUCUCCUGGUGCUGUUGCUGGGGUACGGCUUGGUGGAAAUUCCUCGGUCGUACUGGAACGGAGCGAAAAGAGGCUACCUCCUUAUGAAAACUUACUUUAAGGCAGCCAAACUGAUGACAGAGAAAGCAGAUGCGGAGGAGACUUUGGAAGAUGUCAUGGAGGAGGUUCGUAAAGUGAAUGAAAGCAUCAAGUAUAACCACCCAUUGAGAAAAUGUGUUGACACAAUACUUAAAAAGUGCCCCACAGAGUAUCAAGAAAAAAUGGGUAGGAACAUGGAUGAUUAUGAAGAUUUUGAUGAAAAGCAUAAUACCUAUCCUAGUGAAAAGAGUCUGGUGAAGCUACACAAACAGGUUAUUUAUUCAGUUCAGAGGCACCGUCGAACUCAGGUACAAUGGCAGAUUCUUCUGGAACAAGCAUUUUAUCUAGAAGAUGUAGCAAAAAAUGAAACUAGUGCUACUCAUCAGUUUGUUCACACCUUUCAAUCACCAGAGCCAGAAAAUAGAUUUGUCCAAUAUUUUUAUACUCCUACAGUUGAAUGGUACUGGGAAUGUCUCUUGCGACCGUGGUUUUAUAGGAUGCUUGCCGUGGUCUUGUCCAUCUUCUCUGUGAUUGUCGUGUGGUCCGAGUGCACGUUCUUCAGCACGACCCCUGUCUUGUCCCUCUUCGCAGUCUUCAUCCAGCUGGCCGAGAAAACGUACAAUUAUAUUUAUAUCGAGAUUGCUUGCUUCCUUUCCAUCUUCUUCCUGAGUAUCUGUGUGUAUUCUACUGUGUUCAGGAUCCGUGUGUUUAACUACUAUUACUUGGCCUCACAUCACCAGACUGACGCUUACAGCCUCCUUUUCAGUGGCAUGUUAUUUUGCCGCUUGACUCCUCCCUUAUGUCUUAAUUUCCUGGGUCUGACACACAUGGACUCCUCCAUCUCUCACCAGAACACGCAGCCGACAGCCUACACGUCUAUUAUGGGUUCCAUGAAAGUUUUAUCCUUUAUUGCAGAUGGAUUCUAUAUAUAUUAUCCUAUGCUGGUAGUAAUUCUCUGCAUUGCUACUUAUUUUAGUUUGGGAACUCGUUGUUUGAAUCUGCUUGGUUUCCAGCAGUUCAUGGGAGACAAUGAUAUGACCUCAGACUUAGUCGAUGAAGGAAAAGAAUUAAUCAGGCGAGAGAAGAGAAAAAGGCAAAGGCAAGAAGAAGGUGAAAAUAGAAGAAGAGAGUGGAAAGAACGUUAUGGGCAUAAUAGAGAAGAUUCCACUAGAAACAGAAAUGUUCAUGUUGAUUCAAAAGAGUCGAAUUUUUCAGAUAUCAGUACAAACCGAUCAGCAUCCAAAUAUACCCGGGCUAAUAAUAGGACUGAAAGGGACCGAAUAGAACUCCUACAAGAUGCAGAACCUUUGGAUUUUAACGCAGAAGCAUUUACCGAUGACCCUCUUGAACCUGAAUCAGGAAGGUAUCAGCCUGGUGGACGAUACCUCUCGAUGUCUCGCAGCAGAAUAUUUGAUGAUGUCUAAAACCUGGAAGAAUCCGUGGAAUAAUUAACCAAAACCAAAAUCAACACGUCAGUUCAGUCUUUAUGAACAUCUAUAUACCCUAGAAUUUACACUGCAUUCUCAGUGAAAUGUCAGGAUAAGAAAGACACUGAAAAUUAAUAGCAGCUUAGUAAUAACAGUUCAUUCUGCAUUGAUAGAGUAGCAUCUUUUCUGAUAGAAUUUAUUACAUGCCGUUUCUGAAGGGUCUGCCUUAGAAGCAGGGGUGCAGUCGGAGGGGUUGAAUUCGUGGUAAAGAUCGCUGUAUGUUGAGAGCAAGUAGCUCCGUUCGUUUCAGAUUUCCUUUCCCAGGAGAGUUGAUUCAAAGCUCCAAGGAAGCCCUAAGUCAAACUUAAUAACAUUAUACAGCUCUUUUGAUUUACUUUUUUGCUGUUUUUAAAGAAUAUGUUCAUCCUCUGUUUCCCACAGAAUUGGAGACCUCGAAUAAUAACCAUAUUUACAAAACCCAUGUCUUAAAACAAAGCUCACUUACAAACAUAACUGAAUGUAAAAAGCUCUUUUUCAGCUCUGUAUGUCUAUUAUUAGUGAGGUUUUUGCACGUACAAUUAGGAUUAUACUUCAGCCGGUGGUGGUAGUAUCUUUAGCAUGUGUGCUCUGAUCGGGUGACGAUUAGCUCUUUCAUUUUUUGGUAGUAACUGGAAACUGUUGUAUGCCUUUGGUAUUGCUUUGUAAAGAUUUUCAUUUCAUCGUUAUCAUUAGCAUGUUGAUUUGUUUUGACUAUUCCAUCUAGGGAGAAUCCUACACAUUAAUUGUAAAUAGUAGGAUUUUUUUUAAUAACCAAAGAUUCUCCCAGAAUUCUCUAGUUUUUAAGGUACCUGUUUAGGCUUUUUGAAAAAGAAUAUCUGGUUAUUCAAAGGUAAAAAGUGAAUCCAUUUUCCAUUAAUACUAACACUUUAACUGUGGUUGGUAGAAAACAGAAAACUAUCGGCAGACCUUGGAGAUAUUGUGGAUUCGGUCCCAAACCGCAGCAGUAGAUCGGUCCCAAACCACAGCAGUAAAGUGAGUCUUAAGUAAAGUGAGCCGUCACCUCUUUGCAGGUGGAGGGCAUUGCCUUCGAUGUAUAAAAACAGUAGCAUCUGUGGGACAGAUAAGGCGAAGCACAGUAAAGUGCGCUGUGCCUGUGUACUGGAGCGGAAGUGUGUCACAACUUGCUGGUUAAACGUGCUUAUUAGAUUGAGUUUUUUAACCUCUGUGUUUCAGUCAGAGUUGUUAGGAAUUAUAUUUUAAAUUAUCACAUUACACAGUGAAUACAGUGAGGCAAAACAUGGUUGCAGAGUUUUUUAUGUCCCUGAAAUGUUUUCACGUCUCAGAAGGCCCGCGCUGUGGACCCGCCCCCUGAUGGCUGUGCUCGAGCUUGCCCGCGACAGCCGCGGCUAGGAGCCCGCCGCCCUGUGUAAUCUUCCCAGUGCUCGCGCUCGCUCCCCCGUGUUCCCGUCUGAGACGAAUUACAUAGUCACUCUAACAGUGUGAUUGUAUGUUUCUUAAAAACAGUCUUUCCCUGAGUCAUACUUUUUCAGUUUUCAUCUUUAGUGUUAUCAUGUAAGUGUUUAAAGACACAGAUCUAUGCAGACAGAUGCUGAAAGGAAUGGUGUAUCUUAGUUAACCUAAUUUUCUUCCAUUUUUUUUUUAGAUUAGCUCCCUUUUAAAAUAAUUAUCAAUGGAUAGGUUUUACUGUCAAUCAAAGGUCACCUAAAGUGUCCACUUGAGGACACACACACACACACAGCCUUAUGUUGUGAAGUGUGGGUAGAGGGCAGCCGGCCAGGAACGGAGGUAAUUCAGUGCUGUCUGUAAUUUCUUGGUGGACGUCUGAAUACCUUGGGCAAGUCACGUAACCGUUCAGUGCCUCAAACUCUUCAUUUGCAAAAUGAAGGUGGAACUCGCUAUUUACCUCCUGAUCUACCUCGCAAGCUCUUGUGAGGGCGUUGGGCUGAGGUUUGUGUGGCGGAGCGGAAAAAGAACCCAGACCCAGUCGCUAGCUGUCCUGUUCUGCCUAGUGGUGCUCGAAGGCGUGGAACGGGGAGAUGAGCACCCCACGGAGGGGUCCAGAGUCUUGUUGUUAGAGAGAAUCGUACAUGUCUCCAAAGCGACAACUCUGUGGGAAAAUUCACCCAAAGUCCUGUGAAAGUAGUAUUAAUUUAUUAUUUAGUCUUCGGAAUAUUUCCCUUAUGUAAAAUGUUUCUCAUCAGGUUUUCUCAUAAAACUCAGAUGCUAUUGCAGAAGCUGAAGUAGAAAAAGAGAAGAAAUCAUUCAAUUACUUUUAUAACUUACAGUGCCCUAAGAUAACUUGAUAGGAAAGUAUCAGGAAAUGUACUAUUUUCUGUUAGUAUUUACUUUUUAUGAUUAUAACAACUGAAGUAUUAUACUUCAUGAACAGUAGAUCCCUUUACGACUUCUGAGUUACUUCCCAAAUGAUUUUGGUUAAAUGAUCCAGAGUAGUCAACUUUUUAAGCAGAAUUUAUCUUACCGGAUCUUAUAUAUGGUCAUUUUGGAAAAUUACCUGGCUAGAUAUAUUUGAGUUCAGAAGGUAGUGAUUUAAUCACUGAAGACCAAGAGUUUAUUGCUAGGGAACUAAGUUGAUAUUUAUUAAGCCACCUGUGUGAAAAACAUAAGUACAAAAGAUUUCUUUCCUGAAAAGCUUAUUAAAAUGUAAUAACAUCUACUGCAGAACAUCACUAAAUUAACACACUGUACAUGCAAAGUACAUUCCUUGAAGUGUUACUUUUGGCAAUUACCUUUUGAUGUCUUUCUUAUAUAAUAAUAGUUAUCUGAUUAAAUUUUGUAUAUUAUUUUUCUAUAAUUGUUAGGUAAGGAUAUUCAGUGAGCCAAUAAUUCAAAAUAGUCAUUGCUGAAAGUAAUAAUUCAUAAUCUAAUUUCAUGAAUCACCUGUAAGUUGCAAAUUGUUUUUGUUACUCCAUCAAUAAUCCUUUAUAGCCCUGGCUGGUGUAGCUCAGUGGAUUGAGUGACAGCCUGCAAACCAAAGGGUUGCUUGUUCGAUUCCUAGUCAGGGCACACGCCUAGGUUGUGGACCAGGUCCCCAGUAGGGG